AUGGAGCGGCCAAAUCGAGGGCGGAGAUGGGCUAAUUUGAAGCAACGGCUAGGAUUGAAGGGGAUGGGGUGCUGUGGAGGUUCAUGGAGUCCAACGUCGUCAACUUUGACAAUGAUUGAAGGGUUUAGCUUAAGCCGCCAUGGAAGUAGCCGCAGCCAUAGAGAAGAUGGGGCUCGGAGCUCUGCAGCUUCCGGUAUGAACUUGGCGAUGGCUCUGGCAGCGGAGAGAAAUUUGAGGACUGAUGAAGGAGGCCCCACAGGCGCCGGUGAUGUGAAAUCACUGAUGAGAUUGUUUGAAGAAAUGGACGGUGGGGAUUGGAAAACAAAAAGAAAGGAGAUUGAGAAUAACAGAUUAGGAUAUGUUGAUGUUAGAAUUUUGGUUUGCACAACUUCUCAAUCACACUUGAUUUCCUUAGCGUCAUUUCAAACUAAAGACGAUGAGUAA